GUGCAUUGUGGGCUCUCUUAGAGUGGUGGAGUUGAUCCUGAAUGAAAGUGGCGCGCCGCCUCUGACGUUUCCCGGGUAGGAGCUGCUGGGAUUCCGACCCCUGCCGGGAUUCGGGUGCCUCGGACCCUCAAUACGGAGCCGACCGCGAGGAGGCGGCGGCGUUGGCGCGGCGAGCGUUGGUGGAGGGGGCGCCUCUGCGCGGCCCCGAGACAUGGCUCAUAACAAGAUCCCACCACGGUGGCUGAACUGUCCGAGGCGCGGCCAGCCGGUGGCAGGAAGAUUCUUACCUCUGAAGACAAUGUUAGGACCAAGAUAUGAUAGUCAAGUUGCUGAAGAAAAUCGGUUCCAUCCCAGUAUGCUCUCAAAUUAUCUAAAGAGUCUGAAGGUUAAAAUGGGCUUGUUAGUGGAUUUGACAAAUACUUCGAGGUUCUAUGACAGAAAUGACAUAGAAAAAGAAGGAAUCAAAUAUAUAAAACUUCAAUGUAAAGGACACGGCGAGUGCCCUACAACUGAGAAUACUGAGACAUUCAUUCGUCUCUGUGAGCGGUUUAAUGAAAGAAACCCACCUGAACUUAUAGGUGUUCAUUGUACCCAUGGUUUCAAUCGCACUGGUUUCCUCAUAUGUGCCUUUUUGGUGGAGAAAAUGGAUUGGAGUAUUGAAGCAGCAGUUGCUACUUUUGCUCAAGCCAGACCACCAGGAAUUUAUAAAGGUGAUUAUUUGAAAGAACUUUUUCGUCGCUAUGGUGAUAUAGAGGAAGCACCACCCCCACCUCUGUUGCCAGAUUGGUGUUUUGAGGAUGAUGAAGAUGAAGAUGAGGAUGAGGAUGGAAAAAAGGAAUCAGAACCUGGGUCAAGUGCCUCCUUCGGCAAAAGGAGAAAAGAGCGGUUAAAACUGGGUGCUAUUUUCCUGGAAGGUGUAACUGUUAAAGGUGUGACUCAAGUAACAACUCAACCAAAGUUAGGAGAGGUACAGCAGAAGUGUCAUCAAUUCUGUGGCUGGGAAGGGUCUGGAUUCCCUGGAGCACAGCCUGUUUCCAUGGACAAGCAAAAUAUUAAACUUUUGGAGCAGAAGCCAUAUAAAGUAAGCUGGAAAGCAGAUGGCACUCGGUAUAUGAUGUUGAUUGAUGGCACAAAUGAAGUUUUUAUGAUUGAUAGAGAUAAUUCAGUGUUUCAUGUUUCAAAUCUGGAAUUUCCAUUUCGUAAAGAUCUCCGUAUACAUUUAUCAAAUACUCUCUUGGAUGGGGAAAUGAUUAUUGACAGAGUAAAUGGACAGGCCGUUCCUAGAUAUUUGAUAUAUGACAUAAUUAAAUUCAAUGCACAGCCAGUUGGAGAUUGUGAUUUUAAUAUUCGUCUGCAGUGUAUAGAAAGAGAAAUAAUAAGUCCUCGACAUGAAAAAAUGAAGACGGGGCUCAUUGACAAAACACAGGAACCAUUUAGUGUCAGAAAUAAGCCAUUUUUUGACAUCUAUACUUCAAGAAAGUUACUUGAAGGAAAUUUUGCCAAAGAAGUCAGCCAUGAAAUGGAUGGACUUAUUUUUCAGCCUAUUGGAAAAUACAAACCUGGUCGAUGUGAUGAUAUUUUGAAAUGGAAGCCUCCCAGUCUAAAUUCCGUGGAUUUCCACCUAAAGAUAACAAGAAUGGGAGGAGAAGGGUUACUUCCUCAGAAUGUUGGUCUGCUCUAUGUUGGAGGUUAUGAAAGACCCUUUGCACAAAUCAAGGUGACAAAAGAGCUAAAACAGUAUGACAGCAAAAUUAUAGAAUGCAAAUUUGAGAAUAACAGCUGGGUCUUCAUGAGACAGAGAACAGACAAAAGUUUUCCUAAUGCCUACAACACUGCCAUGGCUGUGUGCAACAGCAUCUCCAACCCUGUCACCAAGGAGAUGCUGUUUGAGUUCAUCGACAGAUGUGCGGCAGCUUCGCAAGGGCAGAAGCGGAAACAUCAUCUGGACCCCGACACAGAGCUCAUGCCUCCACCACCUCCCAAAAGACCUCGCCCUUUGACCUAAGACCUGCCCCUGACUCAAGGAUUGAGAGGAAAAAUGAGUGGGAAAAGAUGCUGUUGCCCCAUUUUUGCAGCCAGAGAAAUUGGAAAAAGAGUGUGGCUUGAUGUUGAUACACAUUUUGAAUUUUAAAAAAAAGAGUAUUGUAGCCAGCCUGUAAAUAUUUGAUGCAUUUGUUUCCUCAGUGCUGCAAUACCUCGUGGACUUUAAACGUUUUAUUUAUAUCUGAUAAACUCAGCCUUACCUUGUGAAUCUGAAGAUUGAAAUAUCCAAAGGUUUAAUCGAGAUUGAAAUCAAUGAAAAAGAGGCCUUGUUUGUAUAUGGAUAACUUUCACCUUUAAUUUAUAAAGUUAGGAAUCUGGAACUGUGAGCGCAGAAAACACUGUAUUUUUUAGAAGUUGUAUUUCAACUAUGAUAAAUUUUCCUUUUCAAAAAAAUCUAGGCAAUGGCAUUAAACAUUCUUGCUAUCAUUUAUCAUGGAUUUCCUACAUUUCUGAGAUUCUUGUAUUCAAAAUCAAAUGACAAGGUUGUUAAGUAUUGUACUAUAUAGAACAACUUGGUCUGGCUUAUAUCAUUUUAAGUUUUUUUUGAAAUGUUAAAGUAAAAAAAAGUAAAGCCCUGUUUUUGUGAGUUGCAUCCUUUUUAAAGGAAGUAUAUUGAGUAUUUUCAUGUUUCUAUUCUUGGAACUAAAAUAUCAGCGAUCCAGCGUGUCAUUCUGGCAGUGGUUUUGAGUUACUUCCUAGAACUUAGAUAUCCACCACUGGGUCCCUUUUAUGUAGUGUUCUCCUGGGAGACUCCUUUUUUUUUUUUUUCCUUUUAAAAGAGCCAGGGCUACUUCUGCUUUACCUCAGUGGUAUCGGCACAUUGUAAAUUACAUUAAAACACACAACUCACUGUGAUUAUGGGAGUGAUAUCAAAUACAAACGAUGUUGUGUUAGUUCCCUUGAACAAAAUGGCAAAGGACAUGCCAGCUGACUCCUUUGAUUAGAAGGUAAUGCCCAUGGAAUAGAAUGCUGUCACUAGAAACCGCUCUCCCACUGCUAGAUAAAUGCAGAGGCAAAGAGUAGACAUCUGUAGGAACUAAACAUCAAGGAAGUCAAGACAUUGAUUUUCCAAAGCCAGAAUUCUAUCUCUGUUCUGUGCUGGGGAUGCUAUUUCUGUUACACACCUGAAUUCUACAACAUUUACUGAUAGAUAAUGGAUUUAAAGAGCAGCUAAUUGGUCAUCUGCCAUUGUUGAGAAGUUGUGUUCUGAUUGGCUUGUGAAGGAACUCUGAGAAUUAGCCUACUAGAGGCUAAGGUAUUUAUUUUUAGAGGUACAGGUUUUAAGUAUGUAUAUUUAAAACAAAUUUUCAUGAUCUGAAUUUUAUAUAUGUAUAUGCAUAUACAUGUGUCAGUAUAUGCAUCCAUGGAUAUUCUUCUACUAAUACAAUCAGACAUGAAAAAUGGAAGAGUUACCCAACAGACUGAAUAUCUGACAGGAUUUCUAUAUGGUAUAGCACAGAUUAACCAAAAAUGUAUUUACAUUCACCUGCGUUUUGAUGUUUUUAAACAAAGUUUUCUCCUACAGUGCUUUUCUAUAUGAAAUACUAGAGUCACGCUUGGGCUUUUUCCUUUGUUCUUUCCAAGUUAUGUAACGCUUAGUGAAUGUAUCCAGAAGGUCAUUUUAGUAUUUCAUUCCUAGAGUGCUUUUGUGAGUUUGGGCACUAAAGGGAUUAAAACACCUGACUGCUGCAAUGACUGCUGAAAGGUGGAAAUUUGUCAAGGUUCCAUAGUGUCUUCUACAAAAUGGGUCUGAAAAAACACCUAUGCAACUCCAGAUAGUCUGACACCUGCUUCACCAGGAUUAGUGACUUGUUUCACCUGAUAGGUCGCUUUCCUCCAAGCCUGUAUAAAUGCAGAGCCCUUUUGCAGAUAUAAGAGCUAGUUUUUGCCAGUGAUCUUUAAUGGAGUUAAAUGUUUAUGGUAAUUGUAACCUUUUAAAUUGAGUUAUGUGAAAAGAGCAUCUCAUUUUUAAUACACCAGAUAUUUUCCCCCUUGCCUUUGUGCAUUUUCCAGGACUUAAUUUUCUUAAUUUGUUCUUUCCUUUCAAUUACAGUGAAGUAUAAUCGCCGGCCUGAUAAGUAGAUCCCCUUUGGCCCCUGAACACACUGUCAUCUGCAGUAUCAUAAAAAGUCAUCUAGAAAGUCAAGGGGGAAAACUGAGAGGCAGGGAUUGGGACAGCAAGAAGGAAGGAACCCCUUCCCUUGUCAGCCCACUUCACUGUAACUAUUUCUGACACUGAAGUUUUGUAGAAUAAGAAAACUGCUUUCCUGAGUUAUCAAAUAUAAAAGCUUUUGCUUUGAAUUUGGAGAAGAUGUGGAUGACUCGACUGCCUGGAUGGUUACAUUUGCUUUCCGUGAAAUGCUCAGAAAAUGUCAGGACAUUCCUUCUCUAACUGUGUGUCCAUGUGGAUUGUAAUAAAACUACUGAUUUAAAAUAACA